UCGGGGGUGGGGGGGCGGGGGGGCUCCGCUAUGGAGGCAAAUGGGAGCCCAGGCACCUCGGGCAGCGCCAACGACUCCCAGCACGACCCCGGUAAAAUGUUUAUCGGUGGACUGAGCUGGCAGACCUCACCAGAUAGCCUUAGAGACUAUUUUAGCAAAUUUGGAGAAAUUAGAGAAUGUAUGGUCAUGAGAGAUCCCACUACGAAACGCUCCAGAGGCUUCGGUUUCGUCACCUUCGCAGACCCAGCAAGUGUAGAUAAAGUAUUAGGUCAGCCCCACCAUGAGUUAGAUUCCAAGACGAUUGACCCCAAAGUUGCAUUUCCUCGUCGUGCACAGCCCAAGAUGGUCACAAGAACAAAGAAAAUAUUUGUAGGAGGAUUGUCUGCGAACACUGUUGUGGAAGAUGUGAAGCAGUAUUUCGAGCAGUUUGGCAAGGUGGAGGAUGCGAUGCUGAUGUUUGACAAAACUACCAACAGGCACAGAGGGUUUGGCUUUGUCACUUUUGAGAAUGAAGACGUUGUGGAGAAAGUCUGUGAGAUCCAUUUCCAUGAAAUCAAUAAUAAAAUGGUAGAAUGUAAGAAAGCCCAGCCGAAAGAAGUCAUGUUCCCACCUGGGACGAGAGGCCGGGCCCGGGGGCUGCCCUACACCAUGGAUGCGUUCAUGCUCGGCAUGGGGAUGCUGGGCUACCCUAACUUUGUGGCAACCUAUGGCCGAGGCUACCCUGGAUUCGCUCCUAGCUAUGGCUACCAGUUCCCAGCAGCCCUAUUCCCAUAUUUAAAUGCAAGCUUCCCAGCAGCGGCUUAUGGACCAGUGGCGGCAGCGGCAGUGGCGGCGGCUCGAGGAUCAGUCCUGAAUAGCUACAGUGCUCAACCGAAUUUUGGCGCGCCCGCUUCCCCGGCAGGCUCCAACCCGGCGCGGCCCGGAGGCUUCCCGGGGGCCAACAGCCCAGGACCUGUCGCCGAUCUCUACGGCCCUGCCAGCCAGGACUCCGGAGUGGGGAAUUACAUGAGCGCAGCCAGUCCACAGCCUGGCUCGGGCUUCGGCCACGGCAUAGCUGGCCCUUUGAUUGCAACGGCCUUUACAAAUGGAUACCACUGAACAGGUGCUUCGGUUGGCAUCUCACUCUGAGAGCAUACCUGGAUGUCCAGGCAAGACUGGGCGAAGUUUCUGAGUGGCCCUUUGUUUAGGUGAUGUCCUCAGACCUGGAUCCCCACCAGCCUCACUCCUCAUCCCAACCAGAGUGGCACACUUUGGAUUGAGGGUUGACUACGUCUCAUCUCACCACCCUGCUGUAAUAUAAGACAACAGCUUUUAAACGUGUAUAUAACCCAUGGUUUUGGUUUGGUUCUUCUGUUUGUUUUUCUUGGUGGCCUCCCUCUCCCUCCCCCCUCUCCCUUCUCCUUUGGAAUCUCCCUGAAUCACAUUUGGUAGUGAUUUCUGACUUAGCCUGGUGUCACCGUAGCUUAAUAUCUAGUUCACAGCUAACCAUAGUAUACUUGUUAUAUAUUAAGGAGUUUUCUUUUUUUCUUGAAAAAGAGUUUUGUUUUGUUGUUUUGAUUCUGUUCUCACUUUUAAAGGAUGCUGAGAUGGUGAUGUUACUCUCCAUUUUGGGUACCAAUUCUGAGACUGUAAGAAUUUUCAUCUGGGACUUUAGCACACACUGAAGCAAAGUUGUGAUGUGCGGAGCGGGAGGUGGGCAUAGACUCUCUCUGUUGCGUUGUAGAAGUGACAUGCAGUUGGCUGCCUAAGAGACUGUAGCAGUUCAUUUUUGUGACGUCUCUUUGUUAACCUAAGUCUAUUUUCGGCAAUAAGGUAAGGACGGCCGUGUUUUGAGGGUCCUCCUUUUCUAUGAGUGCUUUUCUUUUUCUGUUCAAAGAGGUCAGAUUAUAAGGUUUUUUGAAAUUGUGAAUUCUAAAAAACAAAAAACAAACAAAAAAAUGUUGUAAAUAUAAUUCCAUUAACUACAUAGAAACUAUUAAGAAAGAGAAUCAAAAAUAUUUUUGUGGGGGAGUUGCUCCCAGGCAGUUAGGUGCCCUGGAAGAAGGGAGGGGAGGGAACCUUGAUGAAGCCGGUACUAAACCACAAGAGCACCCAGCUGCCAGGGCCACCCGGGAUUCCACUCUUAGCGCCUCUGUUGGUGUGGUAGACCUAAGAACCGCAUUAGCACCCCGCCAGCCUAGCGACCUCUCUGUGCACAGCUUCAAUGUUACGGUCUAGCUAGAUUUUUAUUUAAAAUAUGAAAAACUGCUUUUCCCAAGACGUUUUUUAAAGGAAAAAAAAAACAAAGCUACAAUUUUAAUAUUUAACAUAUUUAAAGUUUCAAAGCACACCUGUUUUGGCUUAGGGGAGGGGCAGGGUGGGGACAUUCUUUUUCAGUCUUAAUUUUUAAAUAUCUGAUCAUUUUAUAUUGUCCAAUCAUUUCAGCACCUCCAAAGGUCCCUAGGGUACUCUGCCUCUCUCCUCACCCUGUCCCCAAUCCUGCCCCCAGAGAAGGGGGCCCAUGGGCCAGGAGUGGAUAAGCCUGCAUGAAUACACCCUUUCUCCAUUCACUUUCUAUUUACAAAUUAGGGAAGCAACCUUUCGGUUUAUAUAUAUAUGUUUUUUUUGAUACCUCAGUGCUGCAAGUAUCAUCAGAGAGGCUAUGGAAGAGUUGUUUUUUUUUUUUUUUAAUUUAUUGUAGAUGUAAACAGAAUUUUAAAAAUAAAAGGUAUAAACAUCACUGCACUGUGACUGGGGGAAAAACUGACAGUUUCCUGUUUGCACAUGUUUGACAUUUGGCUGUUAGAAUAUAUGGUCCUCAGUUGGGGAAAGACACUUAGGAUGAAGGAUAUUUUUUAAUUUAACUUUUUUUUAAACUAUUGGUAAUAGGUCGGCAACAGCAACUGUAGACGUCCAGCUCAGUAGACGGCAUUCAAGCAUAUUGUAGUGUGGAUAUAUAUUUUUUUUCUUUUUUAAAAUGUGAUAUUGACAUUUUAUUAAUAUUUUUUAAAUUGUUACGUUUAUAAAUUUGGUACUUAAGGCACAGCCAGUAUGAGACACUGAAUGCGACGUUUAUUAUAAAGAACAGCUGCACUCCUGUUUUUAUAAAUUUUACUAACAAAUAGACUAACAUAGACAUUCACAGACACGGUAGCGCAAAAGCAUCUUCACACGAAGUCUCCAAAAAGCUAAUUCAGGAAGAAAGUAAAGAACCCUGCUUCUGUUCUAAUUAAAUGCAACUUAAAAAAAGAAAAGAAAAAGAAAGAAAAUCAUGUUCUUUGUUUUUAAAAUAAAAUGCUGGGUUGUUUGGGAAGGUUUUGGAUUUGGGGUGGUUUUUGUUGUUGUUGUUAAUUGUUUUUACGUUUCCAAACAACUAAACCAAGUACAAUGCUGGAUGCUUUUAAAACACGAAACUCGUUCAAGUCAUCAAAUAACAAAAUAGAAGUUUUACUUUAAAAAACAUCAACGAAGAGAAAGAGGGCGACACUAGGUUCCCAGCAGUUCCGUGUCUAGCUAGGGGAUGAAGUCCUCCUUUGUCCACGUUGGUGACGUCCUGUCCCCCAGCCCCUGUCCAUUUCUCCACGUCCCCAUCACCUCAUAGUGACUCUUUGUUGACCAUCCUUUGUUAAUAAUGUAUAAUAUGGCUCUCUUGUAAGCGUGCUGUCUUGGUAUUAGCGUAGUGACUUUUUUUCUCCUCUUCUAGUACAUAUUGAUAGGUGUAACGUAAUUAAGGUUUAAAAAAAAAUUAGACAUAGUUAUUCAGAUUUAGGACCAGUAAGGAUAGAACUUUCCUUAUUUAUGAAAAGAAAAAAAUGCUAAUAAUUUGGGGGCAGUUUUUUCCUUUUUUUUUUUUUCCGAGUUCAAAUUUAAUUUUAUUUUUGCUGAUUUGAUGUGGUUUCAACUAACCCAAGGUCUCACAAUGUUCAAAUGCCGGCAGACUCCACGGCGUUUUGUAGGUCCCCGCCCCCCUCUCUGUGAAGGGGUGUGCCAUACUACCUUAAAUGCAAACACUAGAUAUGCAAAACUGGAUUUUUUUAAUUUAUUUUUUAAAAGAGGGAGGCGUGGUAUAUUAAAAUGAUUUUACUAAGAGAAAAAAAUAUUUUUUUAAGGAUGCUCAGAAGAAAUUGAUAAUCUGUGUGAAUAUGUUUUAGAUGUUUAUAUACAUUUUGAAGAGACCCAGUAGCCCAUAGCACAAAUCUUGUGAACAUCUGAUAUGUUUUCAAGUGGCUACCUAGGUUAAGGUUCACAUUAGUCCCCCCCCUCCUCAUCUAGAACUCCAUCUUAAACGAUUUUUGUGAAUUCUUUUAACACUGAUGUCCACCCCUGUCUUUGUUUCAGUUAAGCUCAAUAGCGAAUGUGGGGACCUGCUAUCAUAACCUUCCCUUGGGGAGAAACUCUCUUAGCUAAUGGCACCUCCGUGGCAUUAUCAAAUAACCACCAGGGGAUUCUCUGGCUUCCAGAUCCAUCUGCCUGAGACCCCAAGCUCCUCUCCUCCCAAGAGGGGGGAUGGAGUGGCAGUGACUCCUGGUCCUCUUCCUACUUCAGCCUGGAUGUGGGACUGGUGGAGAUGACCAAGCCUGGGUCUCCUCCCCAGGAGCCUCUGCGUGUGUGGUUUGUGGCCUUCCUCAUACCCAUUGGGAAAACGAAACAGCCUCACACUCUAUCCCCAUCGCUCAUUGGCUUGAUUCAAACGAAGCCCCAACAGGCCUUUGCGGUUUUUUUGUUUUGUUUUUUUUUAAUCCCUCAUAACCAUUCUCUUAAUUUGAACUUGUAGCUUGGGCUUUAAGGUAGCAUGGCUCGAUUGUUGUCAACUUAAUGUCUCGCUGCACAGCAAUUCACAGCCAGUGAAUGUUACACACACAUCUUGCUAGACUAGUAUAAAAAUCAUUGGGUAACUGUGGGUUCUAAUGACCUGAAAGGUGUUCAGUUUUGUUUGGGGGGGGGGGUGUUGUUUUUCUUUCAUUUCUUUUUUUCAUUUGAGAAUUUUGGGGAGAAAGUAUUUUUUGGUUCCGACUAGAAAAACAAACGCUAUCUUGAGCGUUAGUGGAAACGCAGGCUAGGGACUUUUAGCCUCCACCACCACCACUACCACACCGCUCCAUUCUGCCAUUCACUCACUGCAGCAUCUUCAAGAAUAAAGCAAUAUAGUUUACCACAUUUGUCUUUAUUGACGGUCAGCCAUGCUUUCUGUGUUAUAUUACGUAUGAAAUUGUUUACAAAAGAAACACUAACUCAUACUUCUCUCUCUCAGUUGGAAGCGACGCACAGGGGCAGAGGGAACUUGGAGGGCAGGUGAGGGAGGGCAGAGGGGGUUUGCUUUUUGGUUUUUUGGCUUUGUUUUUCUUCCUGGUUGUGCUUUACUAACCAGAUCCUCCAAGGAAGGCAGAAGCCAGCCAGGCAGAGAGAGGCGAGAGAGGGGCAGGCUGUGCGGGUGAGCACAUUGAACGGACACGCUGGGAAGCCCCCCCCACCCUCAGCUAGAGCAGAAAACCAAUGUCACCUGAGCCCAGUCCUGGGCACAGACACUACACAAGGCAGCGCUGGAAGUGAAGCAAUACUUUAAUCCUGUCUAAGUUAGUUUUCUUCUGUUCUUUCUUUUUUUUUUUCUCACCAAAAAAAAAAAAAAGUAAACUAAAACACAAAAACAAACAAGCAAGCAAACAGAAAAACAUAUAAAUAAAACCCACCCCUCUCGGGGAACAACCACAAUUCAAACACGGCUAUUUAAUGAUCAGAAGGUGUUGUCUCAGAUAGGACUUCAUUUCCGGAAGGCAGGGCACGAGGGGGAAGGGGGGGUGGAACUGAGAGACAGUUCCAGAGCCUCCAUGGAAGGCUCCUCCUGCUGUAUUCUGUACAUACUGUACCACCCUGUGUGGGGUCUGUGAGUGUGCUCUUGAGUAGCGUGGGCUAGCCAAUCUGCCAUUCAUGGUGUUAUAAACUCAGAAUUCCAUAUGUAAUAGGAUGCAGGUCUAAGCGUUUCAUGUGGACAUAAAUGUAUCUAAAUAAAACUUCCCCUAGCACUGUG